GUUGUGAUGCAACCAUGACAUGACGUUAACUCGGGUUCCGGGGUGUAACUCCAGAUAACCCGAACAAGAGCUGACUCCGUUCAAGUAAAAACAGAUACCAGAAGCUAUAUUUCUGAUUAUAAUCGAUCCUCCAUUAUUAUGUCCUCAUCGCAAUCAAUUGCAGUCGUAACUGGCGGCGCCGGCGACAUCGGCCGCUCAGUCGCAGCGCACCUCUCCACAACCCACGACCUCGUCUUCAUCGUCGAUAUCGACAAACAAUUCCUCAGCACAGCCCUGAACUCGAAAGAGCUAGCAGGAAAUGAAAAGAUCCAGCCAUUUACAUGCGAUAUCGCCGAAGAGACAUACGUCCGGUCCAUGGGCGCCAUCAUCCUAUCGCAGGGUCAGGUGCGCACUCUCGUGAACAAUGCCGGCGGGACGUACGUGGGAUCACUGGAUAAAAUGUCGAGUCAGAGAUGGAGAGCCGAGAUGUCGUUGAACCUGGACACGACGUAUCUGUGCUUCAAGGCAUUUGCGGAGUCUAUCAAGGAAACGCGAGGGUCGGUGGUUAAUAUCACAUCCGUGAAUGCUCUGUCUGUAUUCGGAAACCCGGCAUACAGCGCUGCUAAAGCGGCUCUUAUCAACUUUACCAAGUCGAUUGCUGUGGAAUAUGGCAAGUUCGGGGUCCGGGCUAAUGCCGUUGCGCCGGGGACCAUCUUUACGAAAGCGUGGGAGGCCAAGGCUCGUGCAGGCAACAAUGUUUUCGACAAAAUAAAGGAGUGGUAUCCGUUAGAGCGCGCUAUUCAGCCGGAAGAUGUUGCAAAUGCUGUGACUUUUCUCGCUAGUGAUCAGGCAGCUGCUAUCACGGGGGUCUGUUUACCAGUCGAUUGUGGGUUAUUGGCUGGGCAGCCUUCUGUUGCUCGUGCAUUUGCGCAAUCUGAGGAUUAUUGAUGCUGGUCUUGAUCUGUUCUCGAAAAUGCCUACCAGACGUGUUCUGCAGUUGCCAUCCUAGGCCGGUACUUUCAAGGUGAAUGUGGCUAGAUUUUGCAUAGAGAUAAGGGUCACUCUUGCUGGAGGUCUGGAGUGGGAAAGUCCCCGGAGGAACAUUCAGGCUCAUUGCUUUCUUGGAUGUUCUAUACAUACACGGAUCCUCUUGUUGUAAUAUGAUACAUUCUAAUGGCCAUGAACACUUUUCUCGGGCACCAUAACAGGCGGAGAGAUUGGUGUCUCAGGAUCCGGUAAAUGACAUCGGAUAAUUUGUGCAAGCUGGUGAU